AUGCCGGACACCAUGCUGGAGGACCUGCCCGAGUGGCUCGUCGUCGACGAGAUCCUCGUCCGGCUGCCGCCCAAGGACGUGCUCCGCUGCCGCGCCGUCCGCAAGUCGUGGCGCGCCGCCACUUCCACCGACAGCUUCAUCCUCGACAACCACCGCCGCCAGCCGUCGCUCCCCAUCAUCGAACAACACGACGAGGGCAUCUUCUGCCUCGCCGCCGCCGGAGAUCACAAGAUACGGCCCGUCCUCCGGUACACUCCCGAUCCAGUUUCCAGCAUCGCCGCCUGCGAUGGCCUCCUCAUCCUGUCGCAUCAGUCCAGCUUCUACAUCUGCAACCCGGCCACCCGCAAGUGCGCUCCCCUGCCGCGUCCUCCGUUGCGGCCAGGAUGCUGGCCCCCCAACGUCGUCGCCUUCUACCGACACGACGCAUCCCCCCGAGAGUACCGGGUGCUUUGGGUUUUCACGGCACAGAUGGCGAGGCGCACCACGUUGGAGCCGCCUCGUUACUUCGUCCUCCCGGUGGGAUCGAAGCAGCCAAGAUGCAUCCAAUGGCCGACAGUUUUACAGAGUUAUCCCGCUUCCUCUGGCUGCCCACCAGUCCACCAUCGUGGCGCCCUGCACUGGGGACUCAGCCUCGGCAUAACCGUGUUGGACACCGUAGCCGAGACAUUCCGGCACAUGAGCUACCCAGCACAGCUGCACGGCGUUUUUUCACUGUUCCAUCUUGGUGGCGACCUUGCUCUGCGGUGCGCCACCGGUGACUGCCUCACUAUACACGUUUGGGUGCUGCAGGACUAUGAUGCCGAGACGUGGGCAUUUCGACACCGGAUUGACCUGCGAGCGAUGGAGGCAUCACCGCCGCUUAAUUUGACGGUCACUUAUUUCCCCCCCAUGAUGGCUGUGAUCAACGAGCGUGAGCUGUUGAUCCAGCAUGGUGGUGACCGCCUGUUUCAUUGUGACAUCGAGGGUGUGUUCUUAGGAUAUGUGGAAAGCCAAGACCAUGAAAGCAGUUUGAAUCGGUUUGCAAACAGUUUGUCACUUACUAGGCAUCGCCUCCAAGAGAGCAUGAUUUCACUUCCGUUGUUUGAGACGCGACAAGAAGAUGCCGUGAACAAGGAGCCUAAAUUCACCAUAGUUCUGUAA